AUGUCAAGUGUGUCGACCUUGAGGCCGGUGUCAACACCAACAACAUCAUUAUCAAUUGCACCUCCAAUUAGGUAGUAGCCCUUAUACUUUUUGGUUCUAAUAUCCACUAGUUUCUCAACACACCACUACAGACCGGAUUUUUAUUAAGUGACUUUCUUGUAAUAUCUUUUAAACUAGAGAUUUAUGUCAUUAUCGGAAAUCAGUUUAAAGUUACUAUUUUUGUUCCAGAAAUACCUUAUUUCAAUAACUGUUUGAUGAUAAAUCACAAUUGAAGCUAUGAAAUUACUGCAUUAAACCUUUCCAUUAUUACGACUUCCCGACCACUUUUUCAAUUUUUAUGAUACUUACAGUUAAUAAUUUUCUUUGCUAACUCGAAACACUGUUUUUGUCACUAGCUCGGAAUCGUUCCCACCUCAGACGGAAACAGAAUUGUCAACAGUGUUCACAUCACGGUCAACAUCCUUAUCGACUAUUAUAUCAAUUUCUUUCCCAACUACCAGGUGAGAUAAUGCGUAGCUACUUUCCUUGCAACGGUUUAUUUAAUUGUAAUUGUUAACUCUCGCAAAGUGAACUUUGUUGUGCGCGCGGGGCGCUGAUGGCGUGCGGAUCAUAGCGGCCUGCAUACUCGGAUGGCCCAUUUACAUUUGUAUAUGCAUGUAUCCGAUCAUCAUUUGAAGGUUCUUCUGCAGGUUGCUUUAAAGGAGCCUGAGCAAAGUUGGGGUUUGUUACAAUAAAGUCAUGAUAAAAUUACAGUCAAGCCAGGUCAAACGUACCCUCCAAGAUUCCAUUAAUGAAGUUGUUAUUCGAAAGUUGAAUCCGUUGAUAGUUGUAGAAUCCAGAAUCAUUUCUUCGUUGCUGCAUGCGUAACGCGUAACGAGCAGGCAAGGUAGCUAUGAAAUUGCUACGUGCUCAGUUUUCCUGAAUUUGAUGUAAAUGUCAUUGACGCUAUUUUGUCCAUUUGUCCAGUCAAAGAUAUCUCAAUCUGAUAGAAUACAAAGAAGCUGUCGUAAAAAAUUUAUUGCUCGUUAUGCAUGCAGGAAUGCAGACUUAA